AUGGACAGAACAUCUAUUAGCUGUCUUGUCAACAGCAUCUCUCGGUUCAUUCUUCUUGUUUCAUGUCAGACAAAGAUACAUGCAACUAUUCAAAAUGAUUACAGAAGUAUGGUUAUGGUGCUUAAGUAUUUGAAGCCAGUGCUUGAUGAAGUUGUUGACCACGAUCUAACUUCAACGGAAAUACUAUAUCAAGAGUGUGAAGAGCUUGAUGCAGCUGUUAAUGAGGCUAGAGAAUUCAUAGAAAACUGGUCUCCGAAGAUGAGCAAGAUUCUCAGUGUUCAGAAGACCGGGGCUCUUCUGAUUGGAAUCCAAAGAUGUUCGCUGGAGAUUUGCCAUAUAUUAUGUACACUGUUGCAGUCUUCUCCAACAGAUACAGACUUAACUGUCAUUCAGAACUGCAUGCAGGAGCUUCAGAGUGUGAAACAAGAAUCAAUUACGAAUUAUAUAGAAGAGGCUCUAAGAAGUCCAAGAGACGACACUGCUUCUUGCCCUGAUCAUGUGAUGAAAAUCAUUGGUUCACUUAAUCUGAGGACAAACCGUGAUCUCCUGAAAGAAAGUGUGGCGUUGGAAAAAGAAAGGAUGAAUAUAGAGGCCAACAGAGACAAAGGGAACUUGGAGCAGGUAAAUCAAGUUGUGGAUCUCCUGUGUCACAUACGUGCUUGUCUGCUUAAAGUUGAGUGCUCUGAACCCGAGAGUGGUGUCAGAAUCCCUCCAUAUUUCCGGUGUCCCUUAUCUUUGGAGCUUAUGUUGGACCCUGUCAUUGUGGCUUCUGGUCAAACUUAUGAGAGGAAUGCCAUCCAGAAAUGGCUUGAUCAUGGGUUGGCGAUUUGCCCCAAGACCCGUCAAACACUUUCUCACGCAAAUCUCAUUCCCAAUUAUACUGUCAAAGCCAUGAUAGCAAAUUGGUGUCAGGAAAAUAGCGUGAAUAUUUCUAGCAAUUGUGAGCGGGCUAACCUCGCAUUGGUCCCAUUGCCUUCAUCAGAUCCUGGGUUAUUUCGCUCAGUUAGUGAGAACUGCUCUUUGGAUGCCAGCAAGGCUUCUUCAGCUGAAGUUAGAAAUGGAUUUGUCGAUCACAAGGUUGAUGACAUAUCUGGGUUCGUUGGACAGGAAUCGAAUCAAAAUGAAAGCUUGAAGAAUGGAAAUGUAGAAUGUCCUUCUCGUGAGCUGCUGUCAUAUCAAAUCAGCAGGAGUGCAUCAGCUUCGAGUGUUGUUUCUAGUACUGAGUUUGGUCCGCCUUCAACUCAAGUGUCGAGAACAUCUUCCAAGCACCAUAAUGUAAAUGAAUUCUCAGUAGAAGUCAUGACUGAAGUAUCUUCUGCUGCUGCUGCUGUUGCUGCUCCCAGUAAUGAGUCUGCCAAGAUUCAAUUCCAAGACCCUAAAAGAAAACCAAAGAUUUCAAGCAAUGAAAACUGUUGCAGCAGGGUUCAUUCUGUUCCAUCUGAUCUGGUGUCAUACGAUGAUUUAACCACCACAUCUCAUGUUGAGGAGUUGGUGGAAGAUCUCAAAAGAAGUCAUUCAGAUGAACUACAUACUGUAGCUGCUGCAGAGUUGCGUUUCCUCACCAAACACAACAAAGAGAAUCGUGUAAUAGUGGCUCAAUCUGGUGCUAUCCCACCAUUACUAUCACUUCUAUAUUCAGAGAUACAGCUCACUCAGGAACAUGCAGUUACUGCCCUCCUGAACUUAUCAAUCAAUGAAGAGAACAAGACCAUGAUAGCAGAAGCAGGAGCAAUCGAACCUCUGAUUCAUGUUCUGAACUCGGGGAGUGACACGGCCAAAGAGAACUCUGCAGCUACUCUGUUUAGCCUCUCUGUCCUGGAACAGUACAAGGCAAGAAUCGGGCGCUCCGGUGCAGUCAAAGCCUUGGUGAACCUCCUAAGGUCAGGGACUCUUAGAGGGAAGAAGGAUGCCGCUACUGCAUUAUUUAACCUCUCUAUCUUUCACGAGAACAAGGCACGCAUAGUUCAGGCUGGAGCAGUGAAACAUCUCGUGGAGUUGAUAGAUCCUGCCACUGGGAUGGUGGAUAAAUCGGUUGCUCUUCUUGCAAACUUGUCGACGAUUGGGGAAGGCCGUCUAGCGAUUGCUAAGGCGGGAGGCAUUCCUUUGCUUGUCGAGGUCAUUGAGUCAGGAUCCCAAAGGGGAAAAGAAAAUGCUGCUUCGGUAUUGGUGCAACUGUGCCUUAACAAUCCAAAGUACUGUACCCUUGUUCUACAAGAAGGAGCUGUCCCUCCACUUGUUUUCUUGUCGCAGUCUGGAACCCCGAGAGCGAGAGAGAAGGCUCAGCUUCUCCUUGGCCACUUCCGAAAUCAGAGGGAAGGAAAUGCGGGGAAGGGAAAGUGA